AAACGUCAUACUUAUUUGAUGAAUUCAAAUAAUUUUGAAUAUUUGAAGAAUGCGGUUACCAAAGUAUUUAUCGAAAAUCACAUAUUGAUUUCGAUUGAUAUCGAAGCUUUUGAAACUAAUACAUAUAUUAUAAUUGAACUUGGGUUGACGAUAUAUGAUCCUAGAUUUCAAUUGAGCACAUUAAAUCCGAGUUUUCAAAAGAUCCAUUUGAUUCCAAGUGAGGUUUUUGAGUUCCGAAAUGGAUUAUUUAUAACAGAUAAUAAAUUCAAAUUUAUUGGUGAAUCAAUAAUUUUGACGUUUGAAAAAUGCGCCAUUUUGAUGCAAGUCAUAAUAAAUUAUUAUUUUACUGAACUAGAUUACCCUUGUUCAUUAGUUGGUCAUAAUGUUUGUGGGGAUAUUAAAUGGCUAAAAGAACUUGGUGUAAGAUUUCCUGAAAACCAUUCAAUUAUUGAUACACAAGAUUUAUGGACCACUAGUUUUGGUACUGAGACCUCGUCAUUAGGAAAUGUUUUAAGAAUCCUUAACAUUCCACAUUCGAAUUUACAUAAUGCAGGUAAUGAUAGUUAUUUUACUUUGAUACUUGCGAUGAACCUUUCGGAUCCAUUAUAUCGAAUAAAUAAUAAACUUGAUAGCAUUGAGUUUAUUGAAAAUAUCAAGAAAAAG